AUGGCAUCAUCUUCACAACAAAGUAGGGUUAUUAAUCUCGGACCAGAAGAUUCAUCACUUCUUCGGUUUCAGAGUAUCCAUGUUUCUGAAUAUAUUUGGGAUGAACGUGAUCAUCCGAUAUUGAGGGUUAGGAAGAGUCAAAAUAUUUCUGGUGGAUUAGAGGGUGUUCCCGAAGAAAUUAUUCCACAUCUGGAGUUAGCAGGUUUUGUUGGAGUGGCUAACUUGUCUCAGCUUCCAGUAGACAUGGGAUUGAUUACUGCAUUAGUAGAGAGGUGGAGGGCCGAGACACACACAUUUCACAUGCCUCCUAGAGAGUGUACUAUUACCCUUCAGGAUGUUGCUAUUUUCUUAGGUUUACGCGUAGAUGGGAGACUUGUUAUAGCACCCACUGGAGGUGAUUGGGCGUAA